UGAUCGACCCUACAGAGAAUAUACCGUUUGGCGUCGCAACCCUACACAUUGCGGCUUAUGGAUCCACCACGCGCGUACCAUCUUUCAUAGGGAGGGCGCGAAGUACGCCGCAACACCUGGUGCGGUAAUGUGCGCAACACAGCUUUACCAUGCCUUGCGUGAAUCGCAGCUCCUUUCUGAAGAGUGGAAGGAUCUCCAGACGCUAUGGGACAUGCAAGGAAACUCGACCUAAUUUAUCGGCGAGCCUCCAAAGGACUUCGAGGGGCAUUGGAAGAACUACCUCUUGUCUAUAGGUGCGUCAGCAACAAAUUGGGCAAGUGGGAAGAGAAACACCAAGAUCAAAGAGACAAAAGCAAACGUGCGUCAAAUGAAGUUCAAGGGUCCAGUAUCGAGCUGGAUGGCUUCGCGCAUCGCAACAGAGGGCGACCAACGAGCUAUGACGGCCGAGACUAUCGAGAAUGCGAUCGAAGAAGGCGAACGUCAUCACUCUUCACUCGCCUCUGUUGCACCUACUAUCCGGAGGCAAACCCACGUAAUCCAGAAGCUAGCAACUGCUCUUCAGGCCGAGGCUCCAGAGAUUACCUUCGAUUACUUCACUAUGCACGACCUUUGCUGAGAGUUGAUGGAAAGGAUGAAAGAACAGUUCAGACCUAUCAUUGCUGAACGAUCAGGGAAGUAGUGGGAGGCACAGAAGAGCAAAUUACCGUUUGUUGUUGGCUUCGUGUUCUCUACAGCAGCGGGUAGAAAGGAUAUUGAGACGAAGGGUGUGUCGUCGGAGGAGUUGUUAAAUGUCGCUGUGGAAGUGACGAAAAGGUUCUUGGAAGAGGGCAAGGGUACUGUAAUUACGGAGGGGCAACUGGAUAUCUAAAACUGGUGCCUGAUAACCUUUAAGCU